CGCCAUCAUCUUCCUCAAAUCGUCGUCUCCGUCAUACAAUUACUUAUAAAAGACUUAUCACAAACAAAAGAUGGACCGAUACAAAUUGGUAUAUACUGUCCCCGCAUCCCACUUGACAGCCACCAAAGACGCCGUCUUCGCCGCCGGAGCCGGCGUAUACCAAGGCGGAAAAUACGUCCAAGUGGCCUUCGAACUCACCGGCCAGGGUCAGUUCCUACCCGUUGCCGAGGCUGGCGCCGACCCUCAUACCGGCUCAGCCGGCCAGCUUGAGCGAGUCCUCGAGUACCGUGUUGAGAUACUAUGUGAAGGACGGGACACUGCCAAGGCCGCUGUCGCUGCGCUGAAGAGCUCUCACCCAUAUGAGGUGCCGGCAUACGAGGUGUACAAGUUGGAAGACCUGUAAAUGUUCGUCACACGAAAAUCACGGAUCAUAGAACGGAGACAAACGAGCUAUGAAGCCAAUGACUGAAGAAACUCCGAUUUACGCCAAAUGUAUCAAA